CAUGUUCUAUUUACUUCCGGUUUGGUUUGCUUCAGGAUUACACGUGUGUUGACAACCGGGUACUGUUCCUGGCUAGUGUAUACAUACACAUUUCAUUUAAUUCCGUUUCCAAACCGAUAGAUUCAUAUCGGAUAUAGUAUUCAUCUUCCACCAUGGGGCCGCCGAAGUCAAAGAAAAGGAAGCCGACCUUUCGGCGUCUUCUGAAGACCAGCAGUGUGAAAAUCGAAAACAAGACGAAGAACCGUCGGUUCAAAGCGGAAAACGCCGACAAGAAACACCGCAAAGAGCAGAGGAAGUUGAGGAAUGCGCUCAAGGAUUCCGCCUCACGGGCUCCACGGCCGCUGGAGGUCUACAAGAAGAGGCCGGAGGAGGAGUUGGAAGAUGAAGAUGAGGAGUUUCUGGAGAGCCUUCCAACAGACAUGAUGGAGGAUGAAGACCUGGAGCAGAUUAAAGCCAUGGCCCGAAAGGCGUCCUUUGUUACCAGGGACCUGUCAUCAAGCGAGCCGAUCCACAGCAAGAAGAGGAAGGGGGGAACAGAGUGCGGAGAGCUACGAGAAACAUCCAGGAAGAUGAGGAAGGAGGAGCAGAAGGAGGUCAUCCACCUGCUGCCCAUCAAAGACAAGAGCAUCAUACCGCAGAGCAUGAGAAGCCAGGUGAGAGGAGUGGAAGACGAUGAAGAGGAUGAUGAGGACGCUGAACUAUCAGCAAACGAGGAGGAGCUAGAAGAGGCCAUACCACUGACGGCAGAGGAGCGGGAGACUCUCAGAGCCAAGAAACUGACGGAGAAGAAGCUUUGUAUCGCUAUGCUGGGGUCGGCCAUCAUCUCAGACCCUAACAACAAUAUCAAGAAGUUGAAAGAGCUGCGUGGCAUGCUGAUGGAGACGGACUCCUUGGUGGCGGUGACGGUGCGUAAGCUGGUGAUGGUGUCGCUCAUGGAGAUCUUCAAGGACAUCGUUCCCGCCUUCCGGAUCAGACCCCUCACCGAGGAGGAGAAGAACGCCAAGGUGAAAAGGGAUACCCAGCAGUUGAGGGAGUUUGAGGAGGGUCUGGUCAGUCAGUACAAGUUCUACCUGGAGAACCUGGAGCAAACCAUCAAAGACUGGAAGCAGAAGAAGCUGAAGCGCUCCCAGGCGGUGGCCCUGCAGGCGUACCGCGGCCUGGCCGAGGUGGCCAUCCGCUGCGUGUGUGAGCUGCUGGUGGCGCUGCCGCACUUCAACUUCCACAACAACAUCAUCGUCAUGCUGGUGCCGCUGAUGAACGACUCGUCAAGAAAGGUGUCAGACAUGUGCUGCGAGGCCAUGAAGACGCUCUUCAGGGAGGACCGGCUGGGCUACGCCUCUCUGGGGGCUGUCAAGGUCCUCUCCGGGAUGAUCAAGGGCCGCCACUUCAACGUCAGGCCAGAGCUGCUGAAGACCCUGAUGUGGCUGAGGAUCAGGGAGGUGGACCUGAAGAGAGACACAGACGAAACCGCGCCCAAGAAGAGGUUCAUGAAACAAGAGAAGAGAAAGAGCCUCUCCAGGAUGCAGAGAAAGUGGAAGAAAGCCGAGGAGAUUGAGAAGGAGCUGCUGGAGGCUGAGGCUUCAGACAACAAAGACAAGAAGAUCAAACUGGUAGGAUGUACAGCCUAUUGCUAACACGCGAUUAUACCA